AAUAAAUCCAUAAUGACCAUCGAUAUUUCUCUUGGUUUUCAAUAAAAACCAGGGGUAAAGAGGAGACAAUUCAUUUGAAAUUUCAAAAUGUAUUAGAUAGCUACAUAUAAACUUAUUUGUAGCUAUUUUCAUGUUAAUAUUUAGAGGAAACAAUCAAAUCAACUCUUUCAGGAAAAGGAAGACUUAAGGAAAUGGGAGAAUAUUCAGUGUUAAUAGCUUCAUGACUUGGCACAUCAACUUAAUAAGAAUGAAGAUUGUGGCUAAAGACAGUCUUCUGUUCUCAAGGAACUCACAGUCCAAUGAGGGAUAUAGCAUGUAAACAGCUUCAUGCAAAGAUAUGUACAAGAUAAAAAUUGGAGAUAAUCAACAGAGGGAAAGGACUAGCAUUAUAGGAAACCAGAAAAUGAUUCUUUUAGAAUAUGAGACACUGAAUAUUGAAGGAUGCCAGGGAAACCAGGAAGUGCUGGAAAAAUGCCUGGAGCUUUUAGAUGGGGGAGUCUUUUGUGUAGAACAGCAAAGGGACCAGUUUCAUUGGAUUGCAGAGUAUUAGAAUGUUUUCAAACUGAGAGCCUAUAGACUUUGCCCCCUCAGUGUAGUGAUAAUACUGUUAGAGUAAGAGUGGAGUAAGGAAAGAGGGAGUAUUAGGAAGAAGCUAAUGAGUUGUGUUUUUUUAUCAGUUGAAUUUGAGGGUUUUACAGAACUUCUAGUUUAAAAUGUCUUAAAAGGAAUAGAUGAUUUGAAACUGGCUUAAGGAAGAGGUCAGGGCUGAAUAAAUAGAUCUGAGAAUCAUCUGAAUAGGGAUAAUUCAACACCUGGGAAUUUUGAGAUCACCAAGCAAGACUAUGUAGAGCUGAAAAGAGGGCCUAAGAGCCUGAAACAAUAGUCAAAGUGAGUAGCAGAUGACUACAAUUGAGUGAAAAUCAGCAAAGGAGAUUAGACAGUUGUAAUAGAUUUUGGCAAGAACCAAAAAAUAGUAGUGACAGGAAAACUUGAAAAGGAGAGAGUAUUUAUGAGAGCAAGAAAUUUAACUUGUGUCAUAUGUUACAGAAAUGGCAAGAGGGAUUAAGAUUCAGAAAAGACUGUUAGAUUUGGCAAUUAUAAUUGGUAAUUUGGGGAAAAAGCAUUUUGUGUUGAAAGAUGAGAUCAGAAACCAGAUUUAAGAGGGGAGUGAAGGGAAAGAAUGUGAGAAGUACCAAUUGUAGUUGGUAUUCAUAAGUAGUUUAUCCAUGAAAAGUAAGAGGAAUAAAAAAUAAAUAAGUAAAUAUAGUUAGAUCUUCAAUUUCAGUCUAAAUUUUGCACUAUGCACAUGAGCUGAGUCACAGUCAGCUCCAGGUCUUGUUUUGACUGUAUAGAACUUCUCCACCUUUGAUUGUAUAGUAUAUAUAAUCAAUCUGAUUUCUGUAUUGAUUAUUUGGUGAUGUCUGUGUGUAGAGUCAGUAUCAACAUUUUCAGAUUUUCAGAUGAUACUACUGAUUGCAGAAAGGCAAGAGGAAUUAAAAAAAAAAAAACCUCUUGAUGAAGGUAAAACAGGAGAGUGUAAAAAACUUACUUGAAACUUAAAAUAACUAAGAUCUUGGCAACUGUUUCCAUCACAUCUUGGGAAAUAGAGGGAGAAGAAAUGGAAAGAGUAUCAUUUUAUAUAGAUUACUGCAGACAGCGAUUGCAGCCAUGAAAUUAAAAGAUGAUCUUGAGAAGGAAAACUGGCAAAUCUGGACCGCAUAUUAAAAAGCAGAGACAUCACCUUGCUGACAAAGAUUAUGUCUACUUUGAAAAUUCUUCAAGUAACCCAUACUUGAUAAGAAGAAUAGAGGAGCUCAAUAAGACAGCCAAUGGGAAUGUGGAGGCCAAAGUGGUGUGUUUCUACAGAAGGAGAGACAUCUCAAGCACCCUGAUUGCCCUGGCGGACAAACAUGCAACAUUGUCAGUCUACUAUAAAACCGGACCAGGGGGAGAAAACGACGAGGAAGGGGAAAUGGAAGAAGAAAUGGAAAAUCCAGAAAUGGUUGAUUUGCCAGAGAAACUUAAACAUCAGCUAAGACACCGAGAGCUGUUCUUGUCCCGGCAGCUGGAGUCUCUACCUGCCACACAUAUUCGAGGCAAAUGUAGUGUCACUUUGCUCAAUGAGACGGAGUCCUUGAAAUCAUACUUGGAGCGGGAGGAUUUCUUCUUCUAUUCUCUAGUUUAUGAUCCACAACAGAAGACUCUUCUAGCUGAUAAAGGAGAAAUUAGAGUGGGUAACAGAUACCAAGCAGAUAUAACAGACUUGCUAAAGGAGGGUGAGGAAGAUGGAAGAGACCAAUCAAAACUUGAAACAAAAGUUUGGGAAGCAUAUAAUCCAUUAAUUGAUAAGCAGAUCGAUCAGUUCCUGGUAGUGGCACGAUCUGUUGGUACUUUUGCUCGUGCCCUAGACUGCAGUAGUUCAGUCAGACAGCCAAGCUUACAUAUGAGUGCAGCAGCAGCCUCCAGAGAUAUUACACUGUUUCAUGCAAUGGAUACUUUGCACAAAAACAUCUAUGAUAUUUCCAAGGCCAUAUCUGCUCUGGUGCCUCAGGGCGGUCCAGUUCUUUGCCGAGAUGAAAUGGAAGAGUGGUCAGCUUCAGAGGCCAAUCUCUUUGAAGAAGCCCUAGAAAAAUAUGGAAAAGAUUUCACCGACAUUCAGCAAGAUUUUCUUCCAUGGAAGUCCUUAACCAGUAUCAUUGAGUAUUAUUACAUGUGGAAAACAACUGACAGAUAUGUUCAACAGAAGCGGUUGAAGGCAGCUGAAGCAGAAAGCAAAUUAAAGCAAGUGUAUAUACCUAACUAUAACAAGCCAAAUCCAAAUCAGAUUAAUGUAAAUAAUGCCAAGACUGGUGUUGUAAAUGGCACAGGAGUACAGGGUCAAAGCCCAGGAGCUGGUCGGGCCUGUGAAAGCUGUUAUGCCACACAGUCUUACCAGUGGUAUUCUUGGGGUCCCCCUAACAUGCAGUGUCGUCUCUGUGCAUCUUGCUGGACAUACUGGAAGAAAUAUGGUGGCUUGAAAAUGCCAACCCGAUUAGAUGGUGAGAGGCCUGGACCAAAUCGCAACAACAUGAGUCCUCAUGGCAUCCCUGUGCGGAACAGUGGGAGUCCAAAGUUUGCUAUGAAGACAAGACAAGCCUUCUACCUACAUACAACCAAACUGACAAGGAUUGCCAGGCGCCUAUGUCGAGAUAUAUUGCGUCCUUGGCAUGCAGCAAGACACCCUUACAUGCCUAUCAACAGUGCUGCUAUCAAAGCAGAAUGUACUGCUCGAUUGCCAGAAGCCUCUCAAAAUCCACUGGUAUUAAAGCAAGUGGUACGAAAACCUUUGGAAGCUGUGCUCCGGUAUUUAGAGAGUCAUCCCCGCCCUCCAAAGCCAGACCCCAUAAAGAGUGUGUCUAGUUCGCUCAAUAACCUUACUCCUGCAAAGUCAACUCCAGUCAUUAAUAAUGGGUCCCCAACCAUCCUGGGCAAGAGGAGUUAUGAACAGCACAAUGGCAUGGAUGGCAACAUGAAGAAACGCCUUUUGAUGCCUAGCAGGGGAACAUACUUAGGACUGGCUAACCAUGGACCAACCAGACAAAUGGGACCAAGCCGAAACUUGCUACUCAAUGGGAAAUCCUAUCCAACAAAAGUCAGAUUAAUUCGUGGUGGAUCCCUGCCUCCAGUGAAAAGGAGGAGGAUGAACUGGAUUGAUGCUCCAGAUGAUGUGUUUUACAUGGCCACAGAGGAAACCAGGAAAAUAAGAAAGUUGCUUUCAUCUUCUGAAACAAAGCGAGCUGCCCGACGCCCUUACAAGCCCAUCAUCCUUCGACCAAGCCAGUCCCUACAGCUCAGGCAGCAGCCCCUGCCAGUGAAUGAGGAACCCAUCAUCAUUGAGGACUAGCAACCCUUGGGCCCUUCAGACCAGCUUCCCAUCCUGACUGACCCUCUGGAACUCUUCUGGAUUUGUUCAAAAGACAUUUUUUCCACUGCCUUGAUGAGGCACUGAAGAGGGGAGAAUUUGCAAAGCACUGAUUUGCAUAUUUUAAUCCCCUUAAGGAACUUGAUUACUUCUGUGACCAUAAACAGCUUUUGCCUGUGCACUCUCAUUCUUUUAUCUCUUCUACCCUUUUCUCCUCUCCCCCUUUCUCUUAUAUCUUUUUUUCCUUUUAUCUUUCUGUCCUCUUCCCCUCCCUUUUUCCUUUCUCCUCUCUCACUUCCCUCUCCCUCUUUCUCUCCUUCCCAUUUUCUUUUUCUUCCUCUUCCUUUUAGCUUGUGCACUUUUCUUCUCUUCCUCCCUUUUUCUCACCACUUCUAUUUUUAUUUUCGGAUAGCCUCCCCUUUCCUGUUUCCCUUCCACUGGCAGAGGACCCUGUUCUUUGUGUGGACACAUUCGAGAAGAAUUGAAGUUUAACUUAUUCAGAGAAUACAGAACAGUCAUAUUUAGCUUUCUGUUUACUUUUUGGGUGGAGUGAAGACUUGGGAUCUUCUUUUGUGUCACUCUUGGAGCUAGCACUGUUGGGCCUCUGCUUCCAUGAGGCUGUGUUGUAAGAUUUUGUUCUAUUCUGUUGAAGGUGCCAUUUUGUUUUAUUUUUAUUAUCUUUUUUGUAGAUGAACUUGAGACCUGUAAUGCUUAUAUUUGGAAUAUUAGAAUCAGAAAAGCCAGCAGCAAGUUCAGCUAGUUGUCUUGGGUCUGUCCCUUUUCUUUUCAAUAAUUUUUGUAUUCAAACAGAACAGAAAAGAAGUCCAAACCUUUCUCAUCUCUUUAGCACCAAAAUUAGCCCCUCUGCUUGGCUCCCAGAACACCUGUUACAAACCCAAGAAUCUUGGCAAUAUGCAUGUUCUUGCCUCUGUGGGUUCAUAGUGGAGAAUGCUGAGAAGAAGUAAGAAUUUUCAGUUAUUUACUUCUCCUACAGAGGGGUCAGGAGGCUAGGCCCUAAGUCUCUGACUUAAUGACAACUAAUGUCCUAGCACAGUCCAAGAACAGAGGAGCAGCAGCAAAAGUCAUAUAUUACUUAGCCCCAUUUUUCUAAUUCCCCUUCACCACUACACUACUACCACCAAACCCAAAUCUUAGAGGACUUUGGACUUGACUCAGCAUCAAUAUUUUGAAUACAAUGUCCUUAAGUUAAAGGACCCUGGCUUGUUAAGCUAUAUUACUGAACAAUUUCCAUUUUGGAAGGAAUUUAAUGUUCAAUUGGAUUUUAAUUUGAACAAAGCUUGUCUCCCAAAGUCAUGUCUUUUCACCAGAACCUGUUUGUGUUUCAGGUUUUCAUAUCUUCUGGCCUUGUUCUGUAUUUGAAGGCCUGCCUGGUUUUUCUCUUAAGUCUCCUCUAUGUGGGGCAUUUCUGAACAAAAGAAAAAAGAAAUCUCUACUGUGUUUGAACAGAUGUAAACUCUCAUUUGCAACGUGUGUUGACUUGUACAUGCCCCUGCCUCUGACAGACAACGCAUGGAAUAAAGCCCUUAAUCAUUCCUGCCUAUUGUGUGGCCAUAUGACAGACCAGGGGACCCCUCUGUUGAACCCACCCUAGGUGAUAAGGUUUGCUGUCCGCUGGCUGCGUCAGGCACGUGGAAACCCUGCGGCAAAAGACAAGACAUUUCCGUUCCCUUCCUUACAGUACAAAUAAAUCCACUAAUGGAGCUUUUGUGAAA